AUGAACACAAGCAACCACUCAUCAUCGUCGCACAAGUUAUCAGUCCCAGACAUUAUGCUCACAGUAGCCACGCCGCUCUCUGCAACGUCUGCUGCCUUCAAAGCUUGCAUCCCAAUGGCAGAGGACGAGGUCCAGGAUCCAGAUAAACUGCAAAUUCCGAGCUAUAAACGGAUUCGAACCUCUUCGCAUAAAGCUCCGAAGAACCGAGAGCAGUCGGAGCCUUUGAAGAGAUCAGCAUCCAGCCCAACGCUGGCCGUGGUUGGACAAGUUCCCCGUAUCAUUCCACCUACCAAAGCAGAACCCAAAAAGAGAACCGAUUCUUCGGAGGUUACGAAAAGAUUUGCUGCUAAAGCCCCGUGGUCCAACCAAGGAACAGGUCCAGCCAAGUUGAACCUUUCUUUCUGGCGAACAAACUCGGCAGCUCCGAAGAGAUCUGCCUCUAUCAGUCAAAUUUCGGAUUCUAGAAGGCUUAGAGAUGAAGAAACGCAAUGUGAGCAACGUUCGGUCAGUACCGGCCCAGAAGGGGACCAAGGUAGGACUUUGAAGCACCUAGACGCUCCAUGGCUCAUUCAACCAGUAGAUUGCCAAGGACCCCUAGUGACCAAGACAGAAAGGAACAUGUUGCCACUUCAAGGUCGUCUAUGCAGUCCGGGACUACUCAACAGGAACAUCCUGAGGCAUCCGAAAUUUAAACCAGUCACAAACGCUUCUGCUUCGUCCUUUGGACUUUCAAUAUUGAAUAGAAGUUAUCCUCCUAUCCCACUCUCCAAAUACCGAAUCCGAAAAUAUUCCAGUUUAGAUAUGUCUACUAAGUCGUUGUUUGAGCCCAAGUGGAGGAAAAGUGAUGCAAGCACCGUUUAUGCCAAUACGUCCUUCGAAAUGGCGCAAAUAUACCAAGAAGAGGAUGAUGCAGCCCUAAAUCAACCAUUACUGGGCAAUUCACGCCGAACAGAACCUCGAACGCCGAAUCGAAAGGAGGGCAAGGCCCAGUUGCGCUCCUCGGUCGGAAAUCUCGCAAAUACCAUCCUAGGGACAGGAAUGUUGUCUUUCCCCCUUGCCAUGGCGUCUGGUGGACUUAUCCCCGACGCCGUACCGACGAUCAUCAUUUUUUGCGGUGUCGCAACUGACCUUUCCGAGUGCGUCAGUCUGGGACUCAUGCCGAGUGUCGUGGAAUCACUGUACCAUAACCUACUACCAUCAGAUCCACCAGAGUGGGCACUGUCUGGAAGGAUGUGGAUUUCCAUGUUCAUGGUUAUCCUUGUGCCCCUAUGUUUCCUACGAGACUUGCAUUCGUUACGACAUACCAGCUACGUGGCCUUAUUCUCCGUCGGGAUGAUUGAGCGUGGCGAGGUUCACCUUAUUCACUUUACGCCAUCCUUCAUUGCAAAUUUCCCGGUUCAAUUAUUCCCAAUCUACAACGAACUCAAGAGCAAUACACAAGAACGCAUGAAUAUCGUGAUUGGCUCCUCCAUUGGAGGAGCGUGCAUUAUCUAUGAAAUAGUGGCCGUCUUGGGUUACUUGACCUUUGGCUCAAAGGUUGGCGCGAACAUCAUGGCCAUGUAUCCUGCCACCUCUCUCUUUAUUGCAUUUGGACAAUUAGCCAUCGUCAUUCUCGUCCUAUUCUCUUAUCCUCUCCAAGUGCACCCGUGCCGUAAUUGUCUCGACAAGAUCGUCGAUGCGGUGUUUAAGAAGCAACAACCCACGUCAACCCCUGUUGCAAAUGGAAAUGGGCAUGCAGAGCAUGAAGAAGAUGAGGAUGCCGACUAUGAUCAUGGCGCUCACGACGAAGCGGGCCCGCUCCGGCAUACUCUUCUGACGGCGGCAAUCAUCAUUAGCGGGUUCUCAAUAGCCUACUUUGUGAACAGCUUACAGAUCGGUUCGUUUCCAUUCUUUUCGUUACUACCCGUACUGACCAUCUCUCUCCAGUCCUUUCCUUUGUCGGGUCGACCGGCUCAACUACCAUCUCCUUUAUCCUCCCUGGACUCUUCUUCUCGCGACUGUUUAAGGACGAACCCAAGGAUCGCUUCCUUGUCACCCUUGCCAAGGGUCUCACAGUCUAUGGGAUCUGUGUAUUCAUCUUUUGAACAGUUUGGGCGCUUUGUAACGAACUGGUAUGAUUCUGUAAGCCAUUGGACUGAACGGCCCGUACGAUAUCCUGGCUUUCCCCUGAGAAUCCAUCGAUUUGUAAGAAAAGGAUUGGCUCGGGCCACCCUCUGGCCUCCAGUCGGAUUUGCAACGGCCAAGGUCUCCGCUCUCAGUGCAGUUUUGUGA